GCGCGAUGACGUUUCCGAGUGCGUCACGACGCUGUGUGCACUACGUCAGCGCUGCGGGGGAGUUGCGGCUUUCGCUGGGUUUCUCUGGCCGCUGCCGAGCGAUCGAUUCCCGAACCCGCGCCCACCGGCCUUUCCUUCGCCCGGCUCCCCGCCGAGUAGGCUUAGCCAAGGCCCGGCCUCGCUUCGCUUCGCUUCUUCUCCUCAUCCGUCCGGCGCGCGCUGCGCAGCGGUUGUUCCCAGGGUUUUGAAUCGCGCCGGGGGCGACUGCGCGCUCCCGAGCCGUGGCCGCCAUGAGUGUGGACGCGUACGGGCCGAGCUCACAGACUCUUACCUUCCUAGACACGGAGGAGGCCGAGCUGCUUGGGGCCGAUACGCAGGGCUCCGAGUUCGAGUUCACCGACUUCACCUUACCGUCACAGACACAAACACAAGGCCAGAGCCAAGGGCCCAUCGAAGGCCAGAUGUUGCCAGACCUGUUGGUGUUUCUCCAGCAUUCUGUGUUUGUAACUGAAAUAAACUCUUUCCUUCAAACCCCAAAGACUAGAUGGCAAGGUGCCAGGAUCAGGGGUGUCGUAGCAGUUGCAGGAUGUUCUGGAUUGGGAGCGUGAACACCCAGUGGCUGUG